UGUUCCUUUCCCCAUUUCUUCACGUCUCUACCCACCCUCUCCCCAACAGCAACAAGGAACAAGUAGCAGCAGAAUGAUAGACAGAACGUUGUUACUGUUCCUGGUGUGGGUGGCUUUGGUCUUAGUGCUCCUGAGUCUCUGCUACAGCAUCUACUUCAUCGUCUCCUACUGCGCCCUCUCCCAAGCUGGAAGCUACCUGGAAUGUACUGGAGACUCCUGGCCGUAUUUCAGUAGUCUGGCAGUACUCACAGCAACAGGGAUUGUUGUGUUGAUCCUGGCUGUUGCUGUUAGCUACAACAGCCGAGCAGGCAACAGCGGCAUGUUACACACAAACCAUUACGCUAACUCGUACGUGGGACAACCAGGGGUCGAAUACCCUCUUCCUCCACCACCUCCUCCUGCUUAUAUGGAACAUCCUCCUCUCCCUCCUGGUUUCGUCGAGUAUCGACCACCUCCUGCUGAUGUCCUGGAGGUCGAUAGGGUCGACGCCGAGCGCAGGAUGUCAAAGAUUAUCAUUCCCAGAGCACACGUCAACCCUCCUGCGUCUUCCGCCCAUCCUACUGUGCCUCCUAUCAAUCCUACUGUGCCUCCUAUCAAUCCUACUGUGCCUCUCAUCAAUCCUGCUGCGUCUCCCGACAACCAGCGGAAGUACUAACUGAAAGAACAGGAUAUCAUACGUAGGACAGGCCAUCUUAAUGCUAGGAAAGCUGAAGGAUAGGCUAUUCAGGAUAAUCACAGCCGAGGAUAUGGAUAUAUGGCAUACCAGAGACAUGUCCCAUAUCUUCCAGUGGAGGGAGAGGAAGGUGAGGAUAUAUACGAUAGGCCUAUCCCAGUACUAUAACAAGUGCGCUGGAUAGGAGAAGAUAGGACAGGAAAACAUCCCUUCUAAAUGCUAUGCAUUUACAUGUUUCAAUGGAGAGUGCUGAAACUGCUCAUACCUGAUCCCCACACCAUGGUAAAGAUGACGUUUCGCCCACACAGUGAGCUUUGUUAGGUAAGACACAUAUGCAAUAGUUAGGUAUCUUUAUUAUGAAACGUUUCGCCUACACAGUAGGCUUCUUCAGUCAAGUACAGAAAAGUUGAUAGAAGCAGAAGAUACUUGAAGACGUUGUAAUCAGUCCAUCACCCUUAAAGUUUUGAGGUGGUCAGUCCCUCAGUCUGGAGAAGAGCAUUGUUCCAUAGUAUGAAACAAUAUGGAGAAGAAGUGACAGGAUGGAGCUUUUUAUAGCGCCAAGAGGUGAGACGUAGGCCACUAGGAGAGGUAAGAACUCAGACUGAUUACAUCGUCUUCAAGUAUCUUCUGCUUCUAUCAACUUUUCUGUACUUGACUGAAGAAGCCUACUGUGUAGGCGAAACGUUUCAUAAUAAAGAUACCUAACUAUUGCAUAUGUGUCUUACCUAACAACCUGUCGGUAUUUUAUACCAUUUUAAUGUUCACAGUGAGCUUUAUUGAUGAAUAAGACACAAAUGAAAUACCUGGGGAUCUUUAUUAAUGCAGUGUUCUUUUCAGUUCAGCAUUGAUGUUAUUACUGGAGACAAUGGAAGUAGGCAGAUAAUUAUGAGGUGGUUAGUCCCUCAGUCUUGAUAGGUGGUUAGUCCUUCAGUCUUGAUAGGUGGUUAGUCCCUCAGUCUUGAUAGGUGGUUAGUCCUUCAGUCUUGAUAGGUGGUCAGCCCCUCAGUCUUGAUAGGUGGUCAGCCCCUCAGUCUUGAUAGGUGGUUAGUCCUUCAGUCUUGAUAGGUGGUCCGCCCCUCAGUCUCAAUUGAUAGGUGGUUAGUCCUUCAAUCUUGAUAGGUGGUCAGCCCCUCAGUCUUGAUAGGUGGUCAGCCCCUCAGUCUUGAUAGGUGGUUAGUCCUUCAAUCUUGAUAGGUGGUCAACUCCUCAGUCUUGAAAGGUGGUCAGUCCCUCAGUCUUGACAGAAGUUGGUCAGUCCCUCAGUCUAGACAGAAGGUGGUCAAUCCCUCAGUCUAGACAGAAGGUGGUCAGUCCCUCAGUCUUCACAGAAGGUUGUCAAUCCCUCAGUCUAGACAGAAGGUGGUCAGUCCCUCAGUCUUGACAGAAGGUUGUCAAUCCCUCAGUCUAGACAGAAGGUGGUCAGUCCCUCAGUCUUCACAGAAGGUUGUCAAUCCCUCAGUCAAGACAGAAGGUGGUCAGUCCCUCAGUCUUCACAGAAGGUUAUCAAUCCCUCAGUCUAGACAGAAGGUGGUCAGUCCCUCAGUCUUGACAGAAGGUUGUCAAUCCCUCAGUCUAGACAGAAGGUGGUCAGUCCCUCAGUCUUGACAGAAGGUUGUCAAUCCCUCAGUCUAGACAGAAGGUGGUCAGUCCCUCAGUCUUCACAGAAGGUUGUCAAUCCCUCAGUCAAGACAGAAGGUGGUCAGUCCUCAGUCUUCACAGAAGGUUAUCAAUCCCUCAGUCUAGACAGAAGGUGGUCAGUCCCUCAGUCUUCACAGAAAGUUGUCAAUCCCUCAGUCAAGACAGAAGGUGGUCAGUCCCUCAGUCUUCACAGAAGGUUGUCAAUCCCUCAGUCAAGACAGAAGGUGGUCAGUCCUCAGUCUUCACAGAAGGUUGUCAAUCCCUCAGUCAAGACAGAAGGUGGUCAGUCCCUCAGUCUUCACAGAAGGUUGUCAAUCCCUCAGUCUAGACAGAAGGUGGUCAGUCCCUCAGUCUUCACAAAAAGUUGUCAAUCCCUCAGUCAAGACAGAAGGUGGUCAGUCCCUCAGUCUUCACAGAAGGUUAUCAAUCCCUCAGUCUAGACAGAAGGUGGUCAGUCCCUCAGUCUUCACAGAAGGUUGUCAAUCCCUCAGUCUAGACAGAAGGUGGUCAGUCCCUCAGUCUUCACAGAAAGUUGUCAAUCCCUCAGUCUAGACAGAAGGUGGUCAGUCCCUCAGUCUUCACAGAAGGUUGUCAAUCCCUCAGUCUAGACAGAAGGUGGUCAGUCCCUCAGUCUUCACAGAAAGUUGUCAAUCCCUCAGUCUAGACAGAAGGUGGUCAGUCCCUCAGUCUUCACAGAAGGUUGUCAAUCCCUCAGUCUAGACAGAAGGUGGUCAGUCCCUCAGUCUUCACAGAAGGUUGUCAAUCCCUCAGUCUAGACAGAAGGUGGUCAGUCCCUCAGUCUUCACAGAAGGUUGUCAAUCCCUCAGUCUUGACAAAAGGUGGCCAGUCCCUUAAUCUAGACAGAAGGUGGUCACUCCCUCAGUCUCAUCAAUACAAUUCACUGUACGGGCGAAACGUCUGCCUCAUCAACUUGUAAAUAUAAGACUAUAACACCCAUGUUUAGCCCAGACAGUAAACAAAUAUAAAUAUUUUACACUUACAAUAUCCCCAGGAACAAUAGAUCAAAGAUAACUAAGUCUAACAUUAAUCUGUCUAUUGUUUCUGAAAUAAAAGUUAAAGAACGAU